AUGGAGCCUGCGGCUGUUGAGGUGUGCUCGCCGCUGCCGGGUGGAGGUCCAGAGGAGAGCGUGCCUUCGCCGGCAUCCCAUGUGCUGGGGGACGCGGAGCCUUCCUCAUUCGCGAGUUUCGCCGCAAAUAUGACCACCUGCACGGCUCAGAAGGACGCUCGCGGUGUGUCUCUUGUGUCUGCUUUUUUCCCCUCCUGUGCGCCGGUCACCCAACCGUCUUUGACCGCGGCGUCGCGUGCGCCGCCUCAGACGGUCUCUAGCGAGGGACUCAAGCACGCGCCGCCCUCGUUUCCGAGCGCCUGGGAGACAGCAGCUCCAGCGAGUCCGACCGCUCCGCGAGAUACCGUGCGCCAGUUUCGCUGUCCACAGGAAGAUGAGGAGGACGACGCGCCGCUGUUUGCAGGCCGCUAUGAACGUCGCGCCUUCUCGCCGUCUGAUCUGCUGGGCGAGCCGAUGUCCCCGUUGCAGGACGGCGAAGUGAGUGAGGAUGUGCCUCCGCCGCGCCGCCUGGAUGCCUCUGAGGAGUUGCUCGGGUGCUGCGGAUUCGGCUCGCCAGCAAGUAGCGCCAUGGACGAUGUGUCGCUGGCGUCCCUGACCCUCGCGACGAACGCAGAUCUCUCCUCUUCGCUCAGCACGCCCACGUUCUGCGCCACGUCCUCGCGCGCCUCAUUCUCGUCGUCUCUGUGUACCGCCUCCUCCCCCGCCUCGCCGCAGCGCCGGAAGCCGGCGGAAAGCGACUUUGACACGCUCUGCGAGGCUGGAGUUUCUCCCGACUGUGGAGCUGCGCACCCGGGUCUGGGGGAGAGUGCGACACGCGGCAAGAAGCGCUCAGCGCUUUCUGCGGAGUGGACGAAGGAGCGCGCGCGGGACGCCGAGGAUGUGGACGCGAACAUCGAGGCGAUCACCACCCUUUUUGCAAAAAAAUGCAGACUCAAUAGCAGUUAUGCACACGCCAGCGCCGAAUCCGCGGCACACAUGCAUCGCUCGGGGGCCUUGCUGCCGCUGGCGGCGUCGCCACCGCGUUUUUCGCCGGCGGGUGCCGGAGGCAUGGGACACGGAGACGGGCAAACGUGCCCCGACCCCCGUCAAGGCGGGGAUGGGCGAAGCCCCCACAUUCUGAAGGACUGCCCGCUGGAGCCCAACGCGCCCGAAGGGCGCCUUGGGCUCUCCCCGUGGGGGGAGCGGAGGGGCACACGGUUGGGGCCUCAGGGGGAAGUAACUGGUGAGGGGGGGUCGACGCGAGAGGCAAACGCCAACCGCCGCUCCACGGAGACUCUUGCGAAUCCAGGCGGCCAGAACAUCGGCGAGGCGGAGCUUGUAUCCCGCGGGAGCGACGGCGAGUCGGUUAAGCCUCGCGACUGCGCCGCGUCGGGGUCAGGAGACUUGAGCUGCCGGCGGACUUCCAGGUGUUCUACGUCUUUAUCAGACCGUCCGCCGUCUCCCGCUGCGUCGCGAGGAACCUGCCGCCCGUCUCUCGCUUCUUCGUUUUCCCUUUCGCCUCCGCACGCGUCGUCUUCUUCGCUGCAGCUGCCGAGCGGCACCCCAGAGCUGGCGCAGGCUCCUGUGGCGUCGCAGCCGACGGAGAUGUGCCCCGAAGAGGCAGACUCGCUCUCCGACGCCGAGCCGAGCGUGUCGCCACCCCGCAGACGACGUUUCGCGCAGACGAUCGACCUCUGCAGCACCCCGCUGUCCCCAUGCGCGAUGCACAUCCAACGCCUCGUGCGUCUGUCCAGCAUCGGGCUUGAUGGGUGCCCUGGCGCUCAAGCUAAGGCUAGUGGAGUGGACGCGAGCGAGCGACGACGCGGCGGCCUACGUUGGGAAGCAGAGUGCGAGGCCAGCGACUGGGAAGAGGGCUCCGCGGCCCGCAAGCAGACGCGCCACUCGACGAGUGAAGAGGCGAAGCGCCAGCGUGUGAAGGCGCUUCUCGGGCGAGCGACGCCGCCUUCCCGCGAUGCCGCAGUCGCCGCCCCCGCCGUGCGUGGGAGUGUGGAACGCGAGCGCGCCCAAUCCGCGAAUGUCGAGCAAUCCGGCAGCUCCGUGGGGGGGGCGUCCGCCUCAGGCCAGACUCUCCCUCGGGGGGCUGGUGAACCCGCGGCGGGUUUCAGGUCGCGCGAGGCGCGCGUAACGGGGCGCGGACAUGCGGCGACGCCAGAUAGGCUUUCUGUGGAGUGGCCGUGUCGCCGGCACGGAGACGAGAAUGGGGACGAGGCAAGAUACGCGACGUCGCGUGGGGAGCUGUGUCGGCGCCAGAGGCAAGACGGAGGCCCACAGGACGAAGAGGACGAGGGGGACGACGACCUGGAUUCGGACUUGCCUUCGUUUGCGUCGCCUCGGCUGCGUCGGGGGUACUCGGCUUCCGCGUAUUCCUUUGCGUCUUCGUCUUUCUCCGGGGGAUCAUCUUUCUCAGACACCUCGUCAGUCCUCAGUGGAGAGACGUUCGCUCCGGGCGUGGCGCUGUCCAGUCGAGGCAGCAGAAGCGGCGAAGGCUUCUCGUCGAUGUCUUCGUACUCGUCCUCCGACAGCUCCUUUGGGUCCGCGAGCUGGCAGGGCGGCAGUACCGAGUCCCCUCCGUGGACGGGGUUGACGGCUUCCACGCGGGCAUCGCCUCCGGUGUCGCCUUCGGACCUCCUCUCGGCGGUUCCGCCAUCCUCUUCGGCAUUUUCGUUGGCAGCGGCGCGCGUGGCGCCUGGAGCCUCGUGGCUACUCUCGCCUCCUGCUUCGCCACACGCGGGCGCGCCCUGCUCACCGCCUGGGAGCUCGUCGGCGGCGCAGCGACCCCCACAGGCUGACGCCUCGCCAGCCGGUGAGCGGCAGAGGUCGGCGGCGGCGGUCUCUUGGCGGAUCGCGUCUCCGCUUCUGGUUCCCUCUGUGCCGGCCUCGGCGUGCUUCACGGGGGCGUCUGCGCACGGGGCGCCCUCGUCGAUGCACGCGGCGCCGUCGCCGACGCGAUCCGCGCCUCACCGCCUUCACCCGACGUCGCUCUCGCUCGGCUCGUACCUCUCAAGAGGCAGCGGAGCGCGCGGAGUUCGAAAUGCUGUUCUGUCGUCGUCCGCGGCGUCGGCGGCGGGCCGCGGAGACUCGAGGGCGGACGGGGGGGCCCUCUGCGGGGGGGAUGCCAGCGCAGAGGGCGCCGCGGGGGACGAGCGGCCGGGGCGACGAGCCAGCGACCAGUCCGAGCCCAGGUUUAUCGACUACGUGGCCGCCAACCGCUUGCUGCGUGAGGCGCAGUUCGAGUGA